AUGAUAAAAGUAGAUUUACAAAAAGUGAAGUGUAGUAGUGUAUUUCUCAGUACAUGGCAUUCAGCAUUGUUUAACAACCAAGUUAACUUUUAUCAGAAUUUCAACCAAACAAUAAAUAGUAUAGAUAGAGAAAUGGAAGAAACAUUUACAUUUAUUAUAAAGAAUAAGUACUUGUGGAGAAAGAUACUUGGUCAUGUACCGACGAUACAUGCUCAACUUGGUUUGGUGUCUUAUCGAUUUAGAGAGAUCCCAAGUGAUCGGUUGUCUUACUUGACAUUUAACAUUGUCGAUGAUCAACAUAUCGAUAGAUCUUUGAAAGAGGAGAGUAAUAUCAAGUUAUUAUGUCAAAAGUUGAAAUAUGAUAAACUAUUCAUACUCUACUUUAAUUCGAUGCCCAAACUGUUGAGGUAUUGCAAGAACCUACAGUUUCUAAAACUGAUUCAUCGUAGGUUUCCUCUUUACUUUGGACAUCGGUUGGCAUAUGACUAUUGGGAAAAGAACUAUCCUUCGGCAAAGACAAGACCACCUCCUCAUGAAUCUUGUGGUGAUUGUUACGAGUCUCCUAGUUGGGUGGUCGAUAAUAUAGCUGCUUCUGGUCGUCUAGACUGUCUUUGUUAUGCCAUUGAAAAGUAUAACAUUGCACCUACAACUACCACAAUGCUAAUGGCUGCCGAACACGGACACCAUCAUAUCAUUCAUUAUUUAAAUCGACAAUACAAUAUUCAAGUACCUGACACUGCAUACGAAUUAGCUAGUUACAAAGGUAAACAUAUAAAUGUCAUUCGUUAUUUAUCAAUCUCUCAUCCAAAUGUAAAGAUUACUAUAUUAUCUCUUAUCAAUGCAGUACAUUCUACAAACAUUGAAAUCGUAAUAUUAUUAUUUGGAUUGAUUGAUGAGGGUAGAUUAGAAAAUCCUAUAGAGUUGUUAAAAAUUCCAAUGGUUGAUCAUGCAAUCAAAUCAAAGUCAUUGGAGAUGGUUCAACUUGUUUAUCAACGAUUUGGUGACAAGUAUCUGUCGGGUUGGGGAUACGAUGAUUUGGCCGAGUUUGGGUUGGUCGAUAUAUUUGCUUGGCUUUACAAACGAUCAAAGGUACGGUUGUCAGACAGAACCGUGUUUCUAGCGACACACAGUGAACCAUUGACACGGUACAUCUAUGCCAACUGCCCCAAGGAAUUUAGAAAGAGUAAUAAUGUAUUUGAACGUGCAUGUCAACGUGCAUCACUACAGACCAUCAAGUUUUUGGUUGAAAACUCUGUCAACCCAAUCCAGGAAUCAUUUCGUACUGCUGCAUUGAGAGGUGACUUGCAGAUAGUUAUUUGGUUGCGAGAAAAUGUCGAGAUAUUUGGAGGACCAAUCUCGCCACUCAUCACAAAGGAUGUGGCUCUGACUGGUACUGGCAACUAUGUAGGUGUGGUAAAGUAUCUACUAGAAUGUGGGUACAGUGAAUCAUCGUUUCCUCCAGGAUUCAUCAUGUGUUCGUUGCUAGAUUCUGCCUGUUCCAGAGAUUCUAUUGAACUCUUUUCAACAUCCUUGGAGCAUUUUAAAAUCUCUGUGCCACUACGACUGGAUGACAUUUCAAACCGCCCAGAUGUAUCCAUUGUCACAUCCUACUUGAACCAACCACAUAGUGGACCCGGGCGAGAUAAAAUGGUUGCAUGGCUGAUCCCGCUCUAUCAAGUGUGUCUCCAACCUGACCAUAUUCGAGGGUUCGUGAUUGGUUGUCAAUCAGCAGAGCCUCUUCGCUUGCUAUGGGAUAUCAAUGAAAAAAUAGUACUAGAAAAUAUAUGGCGCUGUCUCACAAAGGGACCGGAUCCAUUAGAGAUACUCCAACUUUGGUUUGAAAAGAACAAGUUGGAUGGGUUUAGCUCCCAUAUCACAGACUAUUUGGCGGUCAAUGGGAGCAUUAAAUCUCUUAAAUUCCUACACCGUGUCGGUGGCCAUGUAUACUUUUCUUCGGGCACACUUGCAAGAUGUACAGAAAUAGAUAUAUUUGAAUGGUUUUCAAAAGAAACCAUGACAACAGUGAUUCAAAAAGGUCAUUAUGAAAUCAUUCAAUUCCUCUUUUUGAAUAUUCAAUCAGAGGAAUUUAUAGAUCCAUACAGUUUGAUAGGAAGAAAUAGUCUAACACACAUGCAAAAAUUUGCCCUACAAGAUUAUUUUGAUUGGAUCAUUAAACAACAACUAAAUGGAAAAGGAUUAGAAUUUGAAGAGGAAAAUAAUGAUAUCAAUGAAGAAGGAUCUCUAGAAUAUUGUAAUAUUAUUAAUCAAGAUCAAUAUAUUUUAGAAAUUGAAAAUGAAAAUAAUAAUAAUAAUAAUGAAAUUACUCAACAAAAUAAUAAUAAUAAUAUUACUCCUGGAAGAAUUAAAGGAAUGUUGGGUAAAUGGAAACAAAAUAGAAAUAAUAUUAAUAGUGAUAUUGAUUUGGAAGAAGAAAAAAAAGGUGGUAAAAUUAAAGGAUUAAUGAAUAAAUGGCAACAAAGAAAAGAAGAUAGAUAA